GAAAAAAGAGAUCUCUUUUUGUGCUACCAACUCUAGGUUUUUCCUGGAAACAUAGACAAAGAUAGCAUCGUAAAAAACAGUCUGAAUGAAUUUUCAAGUGCGAGAUACAUUCGCCUUGUGCCAACAAAACAACAUGGCCAUAAAAUUUUGAGAGUGGAGGUAUAUGGAAUACUUCUAACUAAAGUUCCAUCACAACCUCCCACUUCCCUCAAGUUGACUGCAAACUCCUCUACCAGUAUCACAGCUUCCUGGCAGUUACCACCAUUACUUGCCAGACAUGGAAGACACGUCAAGGGGUUUAAACUAUUUUACCGAGAGAUGGCCUUUGCAGGGUCUUUUUACUUGAAUAUUACCAGUGGUUCAACAUUACGCAGGCUUGUGGCAGGGCUUGAUAUGUACACAGAGUAUGAAUUUCAAGUGUUGGCCUACACGUCUGAUGGAGAUGGACCAAAAAGUUUUGUUGAGGUGGAAAGAACGAUGGAAGCUGCUCCUUCACAACCUCCAUCCAACUUCAAAGUCACUGCAACCUCUUCUACCAGUGUUACGGCAUCAUGGCAACUACCACCAGAAGACUCCAGAAAUGGAAUAAUUAAAGGAUUCAAAUUGUUUUACAAAAGGAAAGACUCUUCAGGGUCAGGAAACAUCCUAACUAUCAAUAGUGAAUCAACUUUAGACAAAGAUGUCAAUGGUCUUGACGAGUACACAGAGUACGACUUUCGAGUGUUGGCCUUUACUUCUGCUGGUGAUGGAGUAAACAGCUCUGUGGUUCGUAAGAGAACAAAAGAAGACGUUCCCUCACAGCCUCCCAAUGGCUUUACUCUGACUGCAACCACUUCUACAAGUAUAACAGCAUCCUGGCAGUUACCACCAGCAGACUCCAGAAAUGGAAUCAUCACAGGAUUUAAAUUGUUCUACAAAAAGAAAGGCUCUUUAGGGUCACCAAACGAGCAGCUUAUUGGCAAUAAGGCAACUCGCACUAAAGAGGUCACUGGGCUUAAUAAGUACACUGAAUAUGAAUUUCAAAUAUUGGCAUUCACUUCUGUUGGAGAUGGAACAAGAAGUGCAGCUGUCUUUAAGAAAACAAAGGAGGAUGCUCCUUCACAACCUCCCUCACAAUUCAUCGUCACAGUGAACUCUUCAACCAGUAUUACAGCUUCAUGGAAGCUUCCACUAGAACACUCCAGACAUGGAAACAUCAUAGGAUUUAAACUGUAUUAUAAAAAGAAUGACUCGAGUUCUGCAACCUCCUUGACUAUUAACAAUGGAAAUACAUCAGCAACAAGAGUUAACGACCUUGACAAAUACACAAAAUAUGAUUUUCAAGUGUUGGCCUUUACUUCUGCUGGUGAUGGACCAAAUAGUUCUGUUGUGUUCAGGACAACAAUGGAAGAUGCCCCCAGUGCACCUACGUCUUUGUCUUAUGUAGGUGUGCCACCCAGCAGUUCGCAUGGUCCAAGAAUAAUCUUGUCUUGGAGUAAGCCUACCGAGCCAAAUGGAGUCAUCAGAAGUUACAAUUUGUUUUACCGUCACGAUGGAGGUGCACCAGUAAAUAUUUCUGGAAUAGACAAAAAUGCACUCAGUCACACAGUUGAUGUGUUAGGAGGAGUAACCUAUCAGUUUCAUGUCAGAGCUGUGACUAUUAGACGUGGUCCAAAUCAGACGAUAACUGUAACUACCAAGGAAUAUGAGCCUAGUCGUGGACCAGAAGAGAUAUCUUCUUCUGCACUGAACUCCACAAACAUCAAUAUAACUUGGCUUGAACUGCCAAGAGAAGUAGCCUAUGGUAAAGUCAUAAGAUAUGAAGUUAGGCUCACUGUAGUGGAAAACUGUACGAAGAUCCAGUUUGCCUUUCAUUCAACCAUUAACACGACCAUUACCUAUGUUCUCGUGACUGGACUCUCUUUAUGUGCUAAGUACGAAGUGUCUGUUAGAGGCUACACUGCUGUGGGGCCUGGACCCUACAGCAGACCUGUAAUGGUGCAGACAUUGGCUGAAAUAUGGUCCAAAGAGAGACCAUCUUCGCCCUCUUUUUCCGCGAAUUCAAAGGGAGGUGGAAUUUCAGCCAAAGUAAUGCUUCCACGUUUUCCUGGAAAUGCAAGGUUUUUUCAAGUUAUCAUCAUAACAUACAGCUCAAACUAUACUGGUGCUGUUAAACCACCAGGAAGAUUUACAACACAAGACAUGAUGACGUAUGAAGAAGCGCACAAAUCGUCCGUCCCUGCUGCUUAUGUUGCUUUCCAGUUUGGAGGAAAUUAUUUUUAUAAAAAUAAGGAAUUUGUUAUUGGAAAUGGAGCGCAAUCCGGUGGUAAAGAAAGGAGAAAGAGAAGUAGUGGUUAUCAGGUUUAUUACAACAAACCGCUCCAGCUGAAUACAAAUUACAGAGUGUUCCUCAGGGCUUUUGUCUCCGAGACGGUGUAUGUGUCAAGUAAUUUCGUAACCAUUGACACCAAAGGGAAACCUAUCAUAAAAGAUCUGCCUAAAAGAACCAUUACAGCAAUUGGUGAACUGGUAGUGUUGACUUGUGAGGUUAGUGGAGACCCUGAGGCCUCUGUUACCUGGACCAAAGAUGGACUUACCAGUAUAGCUCGCGCUCAGUUGGAGAACAACGCCAAAAUACUUUUCAUACAAGAUGUUGUUCCUGGUGACAGUGGCGUUUAUGAAUGUAAAGCAGUGAACAUGUUUGGAGAGAGCCGUACAGCUACGAUAGUUAUUGUCGCGGUGCCACCCAGAAUUAUCGAAGAGCUCUCUCCUUCUUCAGUGAUAUGUGAAAAGCAAACUCCGUGUUUUCUCUCAUGUCAAGCAACAAGUUAUAUUCCGUUUAACUCCUCUUGGACGAAGGAUGGUGAGGUUGCAACUGGUGAUAACAUGAAGUUAUUGAAUAACAGUCUCAUUGUCACACCACGGGAUGCACAAGAUUAUGGGGAUUAUAUGUGCCACGCUACAAACACCUUUGGGUCAACAAUGUACAAAAUCACUCUGGUUGCUCCUACAGGUAAUCAAGUUCUCGAUGACGACACACAAAGCAGCUUACUUGCCGGUGUCAUCGCAUUGUCUUUUAUUGUGUUCGUGUUGCUCAUUAUAAUUUGUGGGCUGGUAUGGCAGCGAAGACGAGCUGUUCCUGAUAAAAGAAUACAGAGUAAAGAAGAAAUUGACUUUGAUGGCGUCAAAUCUUCACCUGAUCAACUGACAAGUGACGAACAAUCUUCAGACCCAAACACAUAUAUGGAACUCAAACCCAGGCCUUCGAACCAGGAGUCUCAUGUUCCUUCUGAGUAUCAGUUGGUACAGGAAAAACUCGAGAACCCCGGAUAUUAUAAUAUGGUGCUUCAGAAGGAAAGUGGCGGGAAACAAAAUGAAGAAGUUUAUGAGGAAAUAUAAUAAUUCCAAAAUUGAUUGUGUAAACUUUUAGUUCAGAUUGUCCAUCUUGUUUUAUACAAUUAAGCUUAAUUAUAUACUCAUUCUGUAGGUAUAAUCUCAUGGAGAACAGACGCACAGAUGACGUCACCAUUAACAGCAUCUCGCUUCUUUAUUGUAUAAAGCAGGUGGAUUUCCUGUUGCCGUGUAUCUGUUCUGUAAUAAGUCACAGAAGACGUCAAAAUUUGGUAAGAACGUUAGUGCUACACUCGACUGCACUUCGUUUGCUACUGUUUUGUCCUGACUGCAUUUUGACGUCAUCUGUUGCAAAGACGGAACAGACGCACGGCAACUUCCAAACGUUACGUCGGUUCGUGACACACAUCUUGUUCUAGUUAGCUAAAAGAAGCGAUAAGUAAUUUGGCAAUGAAAUAAAUUCGUUUGAACUGUCUUCCUCAUUCAUUCAAAAUUAAUUUCUUAAACCUUUCUUAUAUUUUACUUGUAUCUGUGUAAUUAUAUCAUUUACUUUUGACGUAUGUAAAAUGCACAGCUCGAUCGUAACCUUUAGUUAUGACCCUCAGAUGAGUGGUAAACUAGAUUUAUAACUUUGUGUGGGGUGCCCAAACUAAACGAAACCACUUAAAAGACAAUCACACAUAACUUCAUCAAUAUGGCUCGACGAAUCCGUGUUAUCAAAUGUGAAUUAUGAAUCUAUAUAUACCGUUAGAGUCAGUGUUACAGCAUGAAAAUUGAAUUCAAAUUAAGGCGUGUUCUAGCAGACCACUAGUAAAAAUACGAGCCAUUAGGUGUAAGGAAUAGCAAAGUUUCGUAAAGUGAUAUCUCUUUGACUCAUAAAUUACCUUUUAAAGACUUCAGCCUAUUUCUUUUAGUCGUUUAUCGGACAUUAGGAAUAUUUUCAAUAUAUUUUUAUGCGCAGUAAAUUAUUUUCAAUUGUAAAAGCAAUAUAUUACUUUGCUUUCUUUGAAGCAAUUGAAAAAGCUAGGGUACAGAAUAUUAUUGUUGGGUGUUUGUAGAUAAGAGAAUAGAAGAUGAUGAAUAUUUUCACUCCUGAAGGUAUUUUUAGAUUAUUGAGUAUUUACAGAUGGUAGAAAAUGCUGGGAAAGAUUUUUCCAAGGCAAUAACAUCCAAAUGGGUUGUAAAUGUAAAGAAGCAACAGAAUAGUUGUAGAAUAAAGUAGUAGAAUAAAAUGUUUUACCAAAA